AUCAUCAUUAAUUAUUUUUGUUUUUGGAGGGUUCGUCCCAAUCGUACGAAGGGAAAAAAGCAGCGUGAAAAUGGCGAGCCCCGAACUCGAAGCACCAACAAAAUUCUUCAGCUUAGCUCACUCUCCACUGCUUUUCAUUCUUUCUUCCUCAUAAACCCUAAUCCUCCAUUGCCAAAUUCAUCUCUUUUUCCUUCUGGGCAUUUUCAUUAGCCCUCAUUCCCCCCCUUAAUUUAUCUCCUUCUACUCCAGCAAUUGCUCGAGUCUUCGCAAUUUUCCCACAAUUCUUUUCUGCUCUUCGCCCAUAAAGGAUAUGCAUAUGGAGAAUUUAUCAUCUAGUGAUCCAUCGCAUCAGGUGAUGUACGAAAAUAGUGAUUCGAAGCACUCACAGGAUGGGUUGGAGGAUGGCUCUCGAUGGUAUUUUUCUCGGAAGGAAUUAGAAGAAUUCUCUCCUUCUAAACAAGAUGGGAUUGACUUGAAAAAGGAGACAUAUUUACGCAAAUCAUACUGUACAUUUCUCCAAGAUUUGGGAAUGAGACUUAAAGUUCCCCAGGUAACCAUUGCUACAGCAAUAAUUUUUUGCCAUAGGUUUUUUCUUCGGCAGUCUCAUGCAAAGAAUGACCGAAGGACAAUUGCGACAGUGUGUAUGUUUCUCGCAGGAAAGGUUGAAGAAACCCCUCGCCCGUUGAAGGAUGUUAUCAUGGUCUCAUAUGAAAUCAUCAACAAAAAGGAUCCUACUGCAGCCCAGAAAAUCAGGCAAAAGGAGGUGUAUGAACGGCAAAAAGAGUUAAUUUUACUUGGGGAGAGGGUUGUUCUCGCAACUCUUGGUUUUGAUCUUAAUGUGCACCAUCCCUACAAACCCCUUGUUGAGGCUAUUAAAAAAUUCAAAGUUGCUCAAAAUGCCUUGGCUCAAGUAGCUUGGAAUUUCGUCAAUGAUGGAUUGCGGACAUCUCUUUGCUUGCAAUUUAAGCCUCACCAUAUUGCGGCCGGUGCCAUUUUCCUUGCUGCCAAAUUUCUCAAAGUUAAACUCCCAUCAGAUGGGGAAAAGGUGUGGUGGCAAGAGUUUGAUGUCACCCCACGGCAAUUGGAGGAAGUCAGCAAUCAAAUGUUAGAACUUUAUGAACAAAAUCGAUUGCCGCCUUCUGGUGAAGCUGAUGGAAGCAUUGGAGGUGGUCCCACUAAUCAAACCCCUACGAAAGCUCCUACCAACAGUGAAGAACGUGGCAUAGCGGACAAUCAUGCACUUGGUGCAGGUAUUGCUACUUCAAGACUUGGAACCUCAAAAGCUGGUUCAUCUAGGCCAGCAUCUGAACACUCAUUUGCAGGUGACCAGCCAUCAAGAGCAAUGCAGAAUCAUAGCCUUGAAAGUUCAAAUGUAGAUUUUAGAAGUCCUUCCAAUCACAAAACAGGUAGUGAAUCUAAGGUUAGACAGGAGAUGGAGCCAUCGGCUUUCCAUGACAAGGGACACGUUCAAAACUCUGUAAAGCAUCAGUCAGAGGGAUUGGUUGAGCAAGACCAUGGAAAUGAUGUGAAAAUAAAUGAAGCAACAAGGGAUGCAAUGGAACUGAAAGAUAAACAUGUAAUUCGAAAUAUAGAUUUUAGGGAAGGUACACUCGGCAAAUCUCAGGACGUUAUUAAAAAGAUCGAUAAGGACAAAGUAAAGGCUGCACUCGAGAAACGAAGGAAGUCUCUUGGCAGCAUGACCCAGAAAAAAGAAUUGAUGGAUGAGGAUGAUCUCAUUGAAAGGGAGUUGGAAGCUGGUGUUGAGAUGGCUGCUGGCAGUGAGAAAAACAAGCGAGAACAGAGGCAAAGUUGGAAUAAGUCAUCGAAUAAACAAGAAUACGAAGAUUCGUAUCAAGACAAACAUCGAGAGGACGAUAAAGAUGAGCAUCCUCAACGAACGCGACAGUUGUCAUAUAAUCUAGAUUCUAGUAACAUAGAAGAAGGGGAGUUUGCAAAUGCUAAUGAAGUUGGUUAUGGGUAUCAAGAUUCCCCAAAGUCGAACAGUCGUAAGAGAGGCAGGGAGCUAACAGGAUAGAGCUUUUGAAGGGAAAGCCAAGUUAAGUUGUGUCGUGUCGGUGCAGCUGGUCAAACAGAGAGGGACCACGAGAAUCGUAUACCGGAAAAUUAUGUUUGAGAAGUUUCACCAGAGGGUUUUUUUUUUUUUUUUUUUUUUUUU